AUGGCUGCAAUCACAUCCAGUAUCCCAGCGGGAGGACAUGCCCCUGCCCCAGUUAUACAAGGGUGGUCAGGCCCAAAUCUCAGCCAACUUCAUAUCUUGCCCUACAAGGAGUUUUGCCAAACCGCCGACAAAUACGAACGGCAGCUCGAAAACGCCAUCGACGAGGACAACAUCGACGAUAUCAAGGAUACCGUUGCUCGCCUGCGUGGCAUGCGCAACGCUAAGAGCCCAUACAUCGUACACCGCCUCCCGACUGAGCUCUUUGUCAAGAUCAUCAUUGACGUCAGCGAAAUAUCCGAUCCGCGCUCGAGCCGAAGCCUCAUAGCCCUCACUCACGUCUGUCGGGCAUGGCGAGCAGCUGCGCUGGGCGUCCCCGAGCCCUGGAGCAAUAUCGUCAUCACAAGUUUAUCCAGAGACGGGGUGUAUUCGUUCGUCGACCGCUCUAGGAACUCGUUGCUGAACCUCCGUUGGCAAGCUUCUCGCUCGCUAGUCAACUUCCGACUCCUUGCGGACUUUCAGCUCCGCCUCCGCUCGCUCAUAGUGGUGGCUGAAAACCUCGAGGUCAUAGCGCAGGCCGUGAACCAGCUUUCGUGGAAGCCUUCGCCGCACCUCGAAACCAUGUGCUUGCUCGGGCCUGGUGCCGGUAGCGCGUGGGGUAGAACCCUGCCGUUCGACUCCCUCCCAGUUGCUGGAGAAGAGGAACCGCGGCCUCUGCCAUCCCUCACACCCUCCCUGCGUUCUCUUCGCAUCCGUCCUAUGUUUUUCCCAUGGACUUCGGGCAUCUACACGAACCUAACCGUCCUCGACAUCGACACCACUGCGCGCCCCUCAACGCUGUCGGAAGGCCGACUCUUAUCGAUUCUCCGGCGAAGCCCUGAGCUUGUCGAGCUACGGCUGCGGGCGGAGGGAGGUCUCGCCGCCCUCACGGUAUCGCCCCGCGACGGCUCGGGGAACAUUGCCUUGCCCAAGCUCUCCGUAUUCUCGGUUGACGGGUUUUCACCCGAGCUCUCUAUAAGCGUCCUCUCGCAACUCACGCUGCCCGCUUUCACUCGCUACAGCCUUUCCCUUCAUGCGACGGGGCACACGGGCUCCUUCGUCGCGGCCCUUCCUCAGGACCGGAGCCGCCUCCCGGGACUGGCCGCAAUCAAAGCCUUGAAGUUCGAGGUGGCCGCGGACGGCAACAUCUGCAUCAUUCUCUGCCCGUCCGGCACCCCUUACGUCGUGCUGGCGCUAACGGACGCGCUACAGGGCGCAACGCUUCCUUGUGUGCCCACAGUUGCACUGGACUCACUCGAGGCCAUAACGUUCAUCGGCUCCCCAUCCUCUUCAAGUUCGGCGUUCAUCCUAGACCGGCACGCGGUGUUUUGCCGGCUUCCUCGACUCCGCCUCCUGCGCUUCGAUCGACCCGCCAUUCAGGACGUAUUGCGCGCCAUUGAUUGCCUGGGGCUGCCUGGCGUGGACCUCCCUCACUCCCUCGCAUUUCCGUGCCCCGAGCUGGAGUGUCUCCAGCUCGCCAACUUGUCGCUCACCCAUGAUCUAGAAGUCUGCGUGGCGAACGUCAUGCGCAGGCGUGCUGAGUGGGGUUUCGCUACCGUGUCCUUGGAGAUGCACAGUGCUGUCGGCUCCGACGCUGACCUUGCGUUGCGUCUCGGUGAACUUGGUGUGGUCAUUGUGGACUCCAUACCUUAG